AUGCCUGGAGAAUUAUGGAGGACUUCCUCACUACCCGACAUGACAUAUCCUAAGAUGGAGGAAGUUUUUCUAUCAUACCUGGGAGAUCGAUAUACUGAAGGCGAAUGGAAGGAAGCCCGAGAUGCAUUAUUCUCCAGUGACGGUGACGACAAUAUCAUUCUGUCACGGACAGGCGAUUGUCCCAGGCGCGACGUUCGACCUACGCGCAGACCAGCCAAAUCAAAAAAUCCCUAUCUCAAUUUGUACGCAGGAGAAGAUAAUGAGGAGGAUGAGGAGGAUGAGGAGGAAGAGGAGGAUAGCGCCGACGAGAGUCACUCCAAAUUGCAGGAGUGUUACAUGCUUGCCAGGAUCCUCAUCAGCCACGAGGAUGUAUCUAGUUCAUGUUCACCGAAAUGUCACAGACUUCAUUGCUCAACACCUUCAGAAGAAGAACUUCCGCGUCACAGUGUCGGCUGGCUAGCAGGUCAGAUUUACGUGGUGGCGGACAGUCUAAGACCAUCACCGAUGCCCUUCCUUUCUCACUUUACCCUCGCCGUAAAAAAAUACGUCAUUGUAUCGGAUGAGAACGUCAAGUGGUCGAGCGGUCCUGCAGAAAACUCCCCAACCCAGCGUGGUCUUGGUUCCCCCAUGAGAGUUUCCCUAUCCCAUGCCUCGGGAUCUCGCUCACUACUCGACCGAUCUCGCCUUCUGAAUGGGGACGCGGUCUCCAACAUUAAUUGCGGUGAGGAAGUCAUAGGAUGGACAUACAAGGGAGAGAAAUAUUACAUGGGCCUCCUACUCAAGACUGUUCACCGUGAUCGCCUAGAACUUGUCAUUUGUCCUCAUGCUGAUGACAUUUGGCUCCACCUACAAUCUGGGUGGGGCCAACCCUUCCUCAAGAAAACUGUGGUUAUGUUCUCUAUGCAGUUCUUGCGCACAGGCGAUUGGGUUAGAAUUGUCAGAGGAGACCUCAGUUCAGAGACCAGUCAAGUCAUCUCAACAGAUCAUCCUGCUAAUUCUGCUACCUUGGAGUUGACCUUGAGUGUUAGAAGUUUCCAAAUACUACCUAGAUCGUCGCCCGCAUCAGUCACAACCCUGCAAGCACAGCUGCCAACUCAGCAAUUUUUCAAGCCCCCCCCUGAUAUUGAUGCCAUUCAAAUUGGUGACUCUCUGCUCAGCGAAUCCCCAACCUCCAAACUCUGGCAGUUUACACAAGACAGAGGUUAUGAUGUCAGGCCUGGAGAUGUUGUGAGAGUCGCCUGUGGUCCAAAUUAUACGACAAAAGGCGUCAUUCGAAGGGUUGACUUUAUAAACGCUCACUUAACCCUACUCUCUGAGAUUGAUCACUCACUAAUUCCUUCAAAAAAGACAUCAGGCAAGAAGUUUUUCAUUAUUGGCAGUGACCGCAAGGGCUACCAAGCCACACUGUACAGUUUCUCAUCUGAGACUUGCACUGUUGCCAUUCAUGGGCAGCAGCGCACCACGAUUCAACUCAAGGAUGUUGUUACUAGCUUGUCAGCUUCCACCAUAGACAAGUCAUCAUCCACGUGGACCACCUGGACCAGCAGCUCUGAGGAUAUUGUCACGGCAGGCAACCCUUCUAGCCUCAGUCCCUCACAGGCUGCUGCGCCCGACCCCUGGAGUGUCAAUAUCAACGACAUGCUGGAUGGCACUGAUGGAGGAGAGAAACCGAAAGAGACUUGGCUGAUGAACAAGGAAUUUUCCUACACAUUCACAAACCUAUCACACGAUGUUGAAAGUCUCGCCCUCUUUCAUGCGAGGCAGGCUACACAAUCAAUUCGUGUCAACAGCUUGUCCUGA